AUGAGUGAGGAAUCCUCACAGGCGACGAGCUUCACCUCCGCGGAACGCAUUCGCCAGCUCAAUGAGAUCGACCAGGACGUUUCAAAACUCAUUCAUUCCGCCGGUCUGGCCAUCCAGGCCCUGACCAACGCAAAGCCGAGCACCCCGUCCUCCGAAGUCCCAGAUGGCUCCCUCGAAUCCCACAAGGCACAGUUUAAAGACGCAACACAACAAUACUUCGCUCUCCUAUCGUCUAUUGACGUUCGAUUACGUCGUCAGGUCUAUGCUCUAGAGGAAGCUUCUGUCCUGGCACCAGAUCCGGUUUCGCGAACGGGCGAUGCGACAGGCGCCGGUGCCGCAGGUGGAGCGGGCGCCGGGGCUGCGUCAAAUCCGCUGGAUAUUAGCUGGCUUAACAGCCGAAAGGAUACGGUUGGAAAGGACAAGGAAGCCGAAUUAUGGGCCGCCGCUCGUGGUUUUGUGGAGCAGCUGGAUAAGUCGGCGAGUAGGCAAAAGGACACUACCAAGUCGAAUAGCGAUUCUGAGAUGCAGGUCGAUUGA